UACUUUGCCCAGAACUCGUCGCCAGUUCGUAGACUGCUCCCGAGUCUCGAGUGCUCUAGAAUAAUACGCAGAACAAAGCAAGCCCCAAUUGGCUCUCAAUCCCUUUGAAGAAAGACGAAAGAGAUUUAUGUAAAUAGCUCACACUCAACUGCUUGAAGCAAUGGAAGAAGAGCAUCGAUUGAUAUGGGAAUCAGUGCCACCGGAAUCCAUGGUCUCCCUAACGGUUGGCAGGGCCAUGACCGCUCUGCUCAGCGCUCGCCCUAGAAAACUCCACAGCGCCGUUUCUCGCCUCUCCUCUGACCCUAAAAGAGGCUCACUCGGUUCUUUGGAGGACUCUCUCUGGUUUUUGCACAAGUAUGUAAACGACGCCAACGAGGACGAGGAGGCAUUGGAUCAAAUUCUCGUUCCCAUGAUUGAACAUCAGACAUUGAGUUUCAAGGAGUCGAAGAAUGGAGGGCAGGCUCUGAUACUUGUGAACUGGCUCUUUCAAGACGAGCUUCGUUUCCAAUCAAUGGCGACGAAACUUGCUAACAUCGUCGUGAGAAAAGACGACAGCUAUAUAGCCCUUGGCUGGUGCGUCCUCGUCCGCAAUCUUCUCCAGUAUGAGAGCUCCAUUUCUCAGUAUUCAAUGAAUGGAAUUAUGGAGCGGUACAAUGAUCUGUUGAAGAUACUUUGUUCAUGUAUGUCGCGUCUGUUGAGUAUUGUAUGUAAAGGAAGUACUUUUCAGGAUGGAUUUGAGUUGCCAUCUCGACUCGCAGUGUCUGCUGCUGAUUGUUUUCUGGCUCUCACUGAAGCAUUGACAAAAAAGGUUCUGAGUAACAAGCCAACAUUGAAUUCAAGUGCUUUGAAUCGGGUGAUUACUUUAGUGCCGGCAAGUGAUAAGAAAGCAAAACCAGCGUCAAAGUCUUUGGAAGUCUCAAACAUGGAGAUGGAAUAUUUAUUUUGGGAUCAUUUAGAGGAACUCAUUAAUUUAGUGCAGAGACUGCUUGCUUGGAGCAGAAAAAGUCGACCUUUACAUGCUAAAGGGUUAGAGAAAGUGCUAAAGUGGUUGCAAGAGAUAAAAGGGCAUUACAGUUGCUUUCAAGAUGAGGCAGGCUCAAAGAUUCUCAAGACUGGAGUAACGUUACUCUCUUCUUGUUGGAAGCAUUAUGGCAUGCUAUUGCACUUGGAAGAUCAGAAAUUUUCUCAGACUUACAAAGAACUGUUGGACCAGUAUUUAUCUGGCAUCCAGUAUUAUACAGACAACCAUACUGGAGGGCAUAUCGAUAGUAAAGGUGGUGGUGUAGAGACCAGAAAUUUUUUUCUGAAUUGUUUAUGCCUUCUAUUGGGACGUUUAGACAGCAAAAAAUUUGAAAGUACAACCGUGGAAUAUGGGAUGCAGAUAUCGGAUGUUCUUUUACCACAGCUUCAUUGUGCUGAUGAAGAUGUGCUAGAUGGGGUUGUUUGCAUAUUAAAGGCGGUCAUUUUUAAGUCCUAUUCAGCUGGAAUCAGUCUUGCUGACACUAGAUUGAUGGAUUCUGUUCUACCUAUGCUGGUUCACUUUCUAGACGAGCGGGAUGGCACUGCUAGAGCUGUUGUUAUGCUCAUAGCAGAAUACUGCUCAGUGAGCAGAGACAGUCAGUGCAUUCAAGAAGUUCUAAAGAAGAUUUCAUCUGGAAAUCUUCUUCAGCGGAGGAAUGCUGUUGACGUUAUAUCAGAACUUAUUCGCAUAUCAUCUGAUUCAAUAAAUGAACCUUCUCAUUUGGAAUGGCAAGAUAUUGCAAACCGAUUGCUGGAGUGCCUUGGAGAUGAAGAAAGUGUAAUUCGUGAGCAGGCAUCUAGUUUGCUUCCAAAGAUAGACCCUUCAUUCAUUUUUCCAGGAUUAGUUCGUCUUGUUUACUCUUCAGAUGAAAGCGUCCAGUCAUCUGCUGGUGAUGCCUUCAUUAAGGUGCUCAAAUAUCAUAAUGAGAAAGUUGAAGUUAUCUGUAUGCUGCUAGACUGUCUGAGCACCCUCAACCGAAGCCUAGAUCUUCCACAAAUGACAGGAGAUAUAGGGGAAGGGUCAAAGUUUGAUAGUGAUCGAGUACUCAGGCUGAUCCCAGAGUGGUCAAAAAGUGUUCAGGACUGGAACUGUUUGAUUGGACCAUUAAUAGACAAGAUGUUUGCAGAGCCAUCAAAUGCAACUAUUGUUAGGUUUUUGAGUUAUAUAAGUGAACCCCUAGGGGAAGCUGGUGAUGUAGUCAUGUAUCGUGUUCUAUUGCAUAUGAAAGGGCAGAAAGAAUGGGAGAGCGGAACAUAUACCAAUCACGAUUCUGUGACAAUGCAGCAAUCUCUGUUUGAGCGCCUUUGCCCAUUACUCAUAAUUAGGAUGCUUCCACUGAGAAUUUUUAAUGACCUUAACUCAUCCAUCAUGUAUGAUCAAGUUCUUAUUCAAGGCAUUCUGCAUGGGUAUGGAGAUACCAACAAUCAUGACAGUAUUGCUGCUUUCCUUUUAAACAGGGCAUUUUAUAAGUUUGAAUUUGAAGAUGUACGGAAGCUUGCUGCUGAGCUCUGUGGUCGCAUUCACCCCCAAGUGCUAUUUCCAAUUCUUUGCUCUGAAUUGGAGGAUGCAGCAGCUUCUCAGGAUAUUCUGAAGAUAAAAGCUUGUUUGUUUUCAGUUUGCACUUCUCUUAUGAUCAGAGGCAAGGAUUCAGUUACCCAUCCUCUUAUGCUCAAGAUUAGGAAGACAGUAGAAACAGUGCUCUUAUGGCCUUCACUGAAUGGGGAUGAAGUUUCCAAAGCACAGCAUGGAUGCAUUGAUUGUCUAGCACUGAUGAUAUGUGCUGAACUCAGAACUACAGAAUCAUUCCCGUCCACCUCAGAGAAGAUUAGCAUUCUUGGGAAGAAAGGGGAUGCUGCCUCAAGAAACUCUACACUCAGUUAUGUGAUCCAUCAAUUUGUAUACAAUGAAAACAAAGAUGGUUCGACAUCCGAGUUGGCUAAUACAAGCUGCACACUCGAGGCACCAGUCCAACUCGGUUUUCAUUUGUGCAUGGCUAAUGUUCUCAUCAGUGCUUGCCAGAAAAUCUCAGAUUCUGGCAAGAAACCCUUCGCUUGGAAAGUUUUUCCAUGUCUUAUCCAUUCUGUUGAGGUGAUAUUGCAGUCAGAGAUUAGAGCUGCAUGCAUCCAGGUUCUCUUUUCAGCCGUCUACCAUCUGAAGUCUGCAGUUCUUCCUUACUCAUCUGAUCUUCUUAAACUCUCACUAAAAGCUCUCGGAAAAGAAUCAGAAAAGGAAAGGAUGGCAGGUGCAAAGCUAGUGGCAUCUCUCUUGGCCAGUGAUGAUGUGAUUUUGGAGAGUAUUUCAGGAUCACUGCUGGAAGCAAGAUCCGUACUUUCAAGUAUAUCUUUGACAGAUCCCUCCCUCAAGCUACGAAAAGUAUGCAAAAAGUUGCUAAUGUGCUUGACUUCUCCCUGAGUUGGUUUGAAGUACUUAUCUUGCAUAGAAGAUAAAAUGAGCUAUUUGCUUCCUAAUUACUUGGUUUAAUGAAGUUGUACCUUGAAGUCGUAGUUGUACAUAAUAUGUUAGGAAAUCUCAAGAAAGCAAGUUACUUGUGGAAAAAUUGUAAAGCAAGUUACUUUGUAGUGAGAGGGUUCUACUUUUUUUAUUGGAGGUUGGCUAGAAGACGUUGCCGGUUAUCAUACAGGUAAUCAAAAUUUCUACAAAGAGUGUAAUUGACGUCUCACGAACGCCGUGUAUCAGCCGUGAAUUCUGGUUCACAGAAUAUCUAAGGAAUUGUACAGAUGGAAUGGUUUUGGUUUCAAAGUACCAACAGCAGGAAGAGGAACUACUGGCUGCCCUUAUUUUAUCAUGCUGCUUUUAGAUCCAAUUUCACUUAUUCUGGAAAUCCUGCACAAUUUAAUCCUUCUCAAUGAGAGUCUGUCUAUGUGUGUGAGGAAUUGCUUAGAUGUGAUUAACAAUGUUAUUGCAAGAGAUUUGUGGGAGCAUAUAUUACCAAUGAUGUGGCACAAUUGUUGCCUAUUGUUGAUAGCGUGUAUUAUAAUCUAUGGGAUCUUGGUGACGAGGAGAUUGCUUUGGAAGUUUUCCCCUCUGCUGUAAGCGUCAACGCUCAUAAAAGUGUGAAGGGGACAUUUCCUUUUCCUAG